AUGUUUAAAAAGGCAGUGAAGGAUCAUCCGGGAGUGUCUUCCAAGCCUCUCCAGUCGAACUUGCUACGGGCAAACGCAGUCGUCCCUUCCAAGUCCCCAAUGCAGUCGGCCGGUGUCAAGCGAAAAAUCGAGAUGACGAUUGGCGGGGAAUCCGCGCUGGGCUCUCUCCACAGCGCGGUCUAUUUCGAUGAAAACGACUUCGACGAUGACCUCGAUCUCGAUGUUGAUGAACCCCAGCCACUCAUUACGUCAAGUGCAGUCGCAUCGACCCUCUCGAAGCCGGAUCCCGUCGCUUAUCCCACCCUCGACGGUAUAUCCACGAAGGUCCCGAAGAUAGAGCGCACGAAAUCGACUGCCAGCGACAAGCAUGCAUUGGACGUUAAAUAUCCGGACUUGCCUUCUUCCCAUGCUUCCCAUGAGGGGGCUGCGCCGUCGAGUAGCAUACAAAUCCCGUGGUCAUCCUCGCCUCCUUCUCACCUCCAGCCGCCUCCUAAACCUCGCACGCUGCCAUGGCUGAAGGAAGUACAGGAAGAGCCACACCAAGCAGACUCGGGCAAAAAGAUGAACUUGAUGACCCCGAAACGUUCGAAGCCUACCGAUUUCUGGAACAAGUCCGCGAGCGCCAUCAAGGAAGAGCAAAAGGAAUUGCGACGGGAGUCCAAGAAGGUCCCAAAGACCAGUGGGAAGCCCAAAGUGGAAGGCCCUUCCAAGAUAGCCACUGUCUUCCUCAGCGAUGAACAGCGGGCUGUUCGCGAGGCCGUUGUCGACCGUGGGAAGAGUAUCUUCUUUACAGGUUCGGCAGGAACUGGAAAAUCGGUCCUGAUGAGAGAAAUUAUCCAGAAACUGCGCGUCAAGUACAAGAGAGAGCCCGAUCGUGUGGCAGUGACAGCCUCAACGGGUCUUGCAGCCUGUAAUAUCGAGGGCGUUACCCUUCACAGCUUUGCUGGAAUUGGGCUGGGCAAAGAGGCCGUACCUGAACUGGUUAAGAAGAUUAAAAAGAACCAGAAAGCGCGGAAUCGUUGGUUACGCACCAAGGUUCUGGUUAUCGAUGAAGUGUCCAUGGUAGAUGGAGAUCUGUUCGAUAAACUGGAAGAUGUUGCCCGGCGCCUUCGAAACAACGGCCGCCCGUUUGGCGGAAUUCAACUUGUCGUCACCGGUGAUUUCUUUCAGUUGCCCCCCGUGCCGGAUGGAAGCAACCGCGAGGCCAAGUUUGCGUUUGCCGCUGCUACGUGGAACACGUGUAUCCAACACACAAUUCUCCUGACCCAUGUUUUCCGUCAACGAGACCCCGAAUUCGCCGGGAUGUUGAACGAAAUGAGACUGGGCAAAAUUAGUCCCCGCACAAUUGAGGCGUUCAAGCAGCUUUCUCGGCCGCUCGAUUUCCAUGAUGCGCUCGAAGCAACGGAACUGUUCCCCACGCGUGCUGAGGUCGAGGGCGCCAAUACGGCCCGAAUGACAAGACUGUCCGGCGACGUGUGGAAAUUUGAGGCCGUGGAUUCCGGCACCAUCCAAGACCAGCAAUACCUCAUGUUGAUCAAAAAUAUGGAGGACAAUCUUGUGAACGGUUCCAUUGGACGAGUGAUGGGCUUCAUGAACGAGGAAUAUUUUGACUGGCACUGCAAGAAUGAAGGCAGCUUUGGGACCGAGGACGGCGAUGAGAGCAAUAGCGACCAAACCCGGGAAAAGUUCAAAGCCAUGAUGCACAAGGAAGGGGUCCGCGAAUCCCGAAAAUGGCCGUUGGUGUGUUUUAUUCAACCCGACGGAACGGAGAGGCACCUACUCUGCCAGCCGGAAACCUGGAAGAUCGAACUCCCCAACGGUGAAGUCCAGGCCCAACGCCAGCAGGUGCCGCUGAUUCUGGCCUGGGCUCUGUCUAUCCACAAGGCGCAGGGACAGACCCUCCAGCGAGUCAAAGUCGACCUGGGCCGCGUCUUUGAGAAAGGUCAGGCUUACGUUGCACUGAGUCGGGCCACUUCCCAGGCCGGGCUGCAAGUAACCCGAUUCGAGCCGCGGAAGGUGAUGGUACAUCCCCGAGUGGUGGAAUUCUACAAUAACCUGGUGUCCAUCACCGAAGUCGUCAAACCCAAGAUCUCUGCUUCUCGCGAUGAUGCCGAGGAUGAGUAUAACAGUCUCGAUGAGUUCUGA